AUGUCCCAGGCAGGAGGAGCUGAGGAGACCUUUGAACACCGUGAUGUGGUCAUCAACACCCAGGACAAGGUCUCGGAUGUGUACACGCAGCUGGAGAAGCUGGGAGAGGGGAAGUUCGGGAAGGUGUACCGGCUGCGGGAAAAAGCCUCCGGCAAAAUCCGUGCUGGGAAGUAUUUCCGGACACGGACGGGCAAGGAGAGGGCGGCGGCCCGGGCAGAGGUGGAGCUGAUGAACCUGCUGCAGCACCCCCGCCUGGUGCAGUGCCUCGCUGCCUUCCAGGGCCCCACGGAGCUCGUCAUGGUGAUGGAGUACGUGGCAGGGGGGGAGCUCUUUGAGCGCAUUGUGGAUGACGACUUCGAGCACACGGAGCCCAGCAGUGCCCAGUACGUGAGGCAGAUCCUGGAGGGGCUGCAGUUCAUGCACGGCCGGGCCAUCGUCCACCUCGACCUCAAACCCGAGAACAUCGUCUGCGUCAGCCCCGACAGCCGCUGCGUCAAGAUCAUCGACUUCGGCCUGGCACGGAAGCUGGCUCCAGACACCCCCGUGAAGGUGUUACACGGCACCCCUGAGUUCAUGGCCCCAGAAGUGGUGGCCUUCGAGCCCGUGAGCUUCUCCACGGACAUGUGGAGUGUUGGUGUCAUCUGCUACAUCCUGCUGAGCGGGGAGUCCCCCUUCCAGGGGGACACAGACAUGGAGACGCUGAGCAACGUCACAGCUGCCCGGUGGGACUUUGAGGAGGAGACCUUCUCUGAGAUCUCCCCCCAGGCCAAGGAUUUCAUCAGCCAGCUGCUGCAGAAGGACCCCCGCCACCGGCUCCCCAGUGCAGGGGCUCUGCUGCACCCCUGGCUGCAGCACCCCCAGCCCAGCAGCCCCAAGGCGCUGUCCAAGGACAGGAUCAGGCAGUUCCUGACGCGGCGCAAGUGGCAGAAAACAGGGAAAGCCCUGCUGGCCCUCAACAGGCUGACCCUGCUGUCCCAGAGCCUGGAGAGGAAGGCGUCAGAGGCUCAGGAUGAGGAAGGCCAAGGCUGCAGCCCAGAAGAGGAACAACCCUCCAGGGCUCUGCCCACACGGGGUCCUGGUUCCUCAGAGCUGCUGACAGAGCAAGAGGAGGAGGAUGGCAGGAGCACUGCAGCCCCAGGGGAGACAGAGCAGUGACAGCGAGGCUGUGUCACCCCCCUCCUGGAGCACCUAGAGCAGCUGAGGAGAGAGGAGCAGGGAGGUGGUACCCCCUCCAGCAGCUCACAAGGUGACCCCUCCAGCCUGCGGUGGAUCCAGACCCCAGACCCCCUCUCCUGUGGUGAACUCUGGGGUCCCACAGUGUCCCUGUGCUGGUGUGGGGACAGCUGUCCCUGCUGUCCCUGCAAGGAGCCCGUGCUCCUGUCUCUCCAUGGCCACCCAGGCUCGAGCUGUCACCAAUAAAGCACCAAGGAUC